AUGUUCAAAUUUUUGCAAGUCAACCUGAACCACUGCAAAGUGGCUCAGGAUCUGCUCCGACAGUACCUGUCCGAGCAAAAAGUCGACGUCGCGCUGGUGAGUGAGCCCUAUUCUGUGUCGUCCGACAGCAGCUCAUGGCUGGUCAGUUCUGCACAGGAGCUCCAGAGGCUCGAGGACAGAAUUAGGGCAGUCGAACCUUCGAUUCCCGUUAUCGUCGCUGGGGACUUCAAUGCAAGAUCUGCCGCAUGGGGCGACUGGUGCCAAGACUCCCGAGGCGACGACCUGAGCUCCCUGCUCGACCAGCUCGGACUUCAGAUCCUCAACGAGGGAGUGAAACCAACCUUCAUUGGUAGAGGGAGAGGAUCUAUCGUCGACCUGACUGCUGCGUCCGAAUCAAUUGUGGGUCGCAUCCAUGGGUGGCGGGUAUGCGAUGAAGCCGAGAGCUCAUCCGAUCACCAGUAUAUCACAUUCAAGUUGCAACAAAGGACCGUACACGAGCAGACUAAUCAGAUCACUCACAAAGGCUGGAAAGCGGAUGGCAAUUCUAGCACUCAACACAUGGAGGCUGGACUCCUCCUAGCGCAAUGGACUGGUGAUCCGGAUAUUUUUUCAGCAUCUGCGAAUGCAAAUCAGCGGGCGAGUGCAGUCGAAGCGGCUAUAACUAUGGCCUGCGACCUGACUUUCAAACGGAUCGCCCUUAGUCGUUCAAGGAAACCCCUGCCCACUGGUGGAAUGCAGACAUCGCGUCAAAACGAAGAGCAUGUAUUGCGGCUAAUACGAGGACAAGACUCGACAACCGAAGAGGAAGCUGUGGCAGCCGCGAACACCCGUUACAAGGAAGCCAGGAAGUGCCUUAAAACCGCCAUCGCCGGCAGCAAGGAAAGAUGUUGGAAAGAAAUGCUGGAAACCAUCGACGCGGACCCAUGGGGCAAACCCUAUAAGUUGGUCACCCGCAAGCUCCAAGGACCCCCAGCGACCACAAACAUGGACGCCAAUGCUGUGCUGAGAAUAACAGGCACCCUGUUCCCAAUUCGCCCCCUGCAGAUGCACAAAUCCUGCCGGUGGAAGUGGAAUUUCCUCCCUUCUCAGUCGAGGAGGUGGACAAGGCGGUUCACAGAGCCCAGUGGAAAUCCACGGCUCCAGGCCUGGACUGUAUUACUGGACGGAUACUAA